CUUUUCCCUCCUUUCAAAAUCUCCACUAUCAUUUCCACUCUAAAAACCAAAACCAAUGGAUCUUUGUCUUUCCCAACCCUAACGCUACUGUGACCCUACGCCUCCACCGCCGCGCCGGAAAACUAACCACCACCAACACCGAUGCAAGGCCUCGUCGGCUUGGUCCGCGAGUCCCUUGACUUCCGGACCAGCGGUCUCGUCGACAAGAUCGGCUCCAGCAUUAGAAAAUCGCGAAUCGGGCUUUUCGCUAGGCCUCCGGCGCCGCGUGCGCUUCCUCCGGUGGUCCCCGAUGACGACGCGCCGCCGAUUCGGUGGCGCAAGGGCGAGUUGAUUGGGUCUGGUGCCUUCGGGCGGGUCUAUAUGGGGAUGAAUCUCGAUUCCGGAGAGCUUAUUGCCGUGAAACAGGUUUCGAUUGCCGCAAGUAGUGCUUCAAAGGAGAAGACACAGGCUCAUAUUCGAGAGUUGGAGGAGGAAGUGAGGCUUCUUAAGAAUCUUUCACACCCAAACAUUGUUAGGUACUUGGGGACUGCUAGAGAAGCCGAUUCGUUGAAUAUUCUGUUGGAGUUUGUGCCAGGUGGAUCCAUAUCCUCCCUCUUGGGAAAAUUUGGGUCCUUUCCCGAGUCUGUUAUAAGAAUGUACACAAAGCAACUGUUAUUGGGCCUUGAAUACCUACACAAGAAUGGAAUUAUGCAUAGGGACAUCAAGGGUGCAAACAUCCUUGUUGAUAAUAAGGGGUGCAUUAAACUUGCAGACUUUGGUGCAUCGAAGAAAGUUGUUGAACUGGCCACUAUAAAUGGUGCCAAGUCAAUGAAGGGAACUCCGUAUUGGAUGGCUCCGGAAGUUAUUCUCCAGACUGGCCAUAGUUUCUCUGCUGACAUAUGGAGUGUUGGAUGUACUGUGAUUGAGAUGGCUACCGGAAAGCCUCCAUGGAGCCAACAGUAUCAGGAGGUUGCUGCUCUCUUCCAUAUUGGAACAACAAAAUCUCAUCCACCCAUUCCUGAGCAUCUCUCUGCUGAGGCAAAGGAUUUUCUAUUAAAAUGUCUAGAGAAGGAACCUGACUUCAGGUCUGCUGCGUCAGAACUGCUGCAGCACCCAUUUGUCACUGGGGAUUAUCAGGAACCUCGCUCAGCAUUACGCACUUCAGUUAUGGAAGCUGGAAACCAUAUGGCAACACCUGGGACCAAUCUUAAGAACUCCAUGAACGUUUCGAUCAGAAGGUCAACCUGUGCAGGCUUGAAGGAUAUUUGCGACAUGGGUAGUGUAAGGUGCUCAACUGUAUACCCCAACAAUAUUUCAGGAGGGAGCUCCUGCUGGGGAGCAAAUAAUACUGAUGAUGACAUGUGUCAGCUUGAUGAUUCUGAUGAUAUAAUGCUUGGUUCAUUUGUAAAAUUUAAUUCUGUGAUGGCAUCAGGUGGAUUAAACAAGAGUUUCAAUCCCAUGUGUGAACCAACUGAUGACUGGCAAUGUAAGUUUGAUGAAAGUCUGGAGUUGAGAAAAAGUGGAAUGAACUUGCCCCCUUGUCAAACAAUACAUGAGGCUUCAAGCAGCGCUGGAGCAUCUCAUAAGGUGGAGAAUGAAUUCACAUUUCCUUGUGGUCCAUCAGUGGCUGAGGAUGAUGAGGAAGUCACAGAAAUGAAAAUAAGAGCCUUCCUAGAUGAAAAGGCAUUAGAUCUGAAGAAGCUGCAGACACCGUUAUUUGAAGAAUUCUUUAGUACUUUGAAUGCAGCUGGUCCCCCAGGUGCAAUUGGAAAUGCAAAUUGUGAUCGUGUUUCAAAUAAUCUGCAUUUACCUCCUAAAAGCAAGUCACCCAGUCGGGCACCUAGUAGAAGAUUCUCUGCAAUAGUUGGAACUGUCAAUGGUUCACGCUUCGGGAAACACACCCUAAAUGUAUCAAAUGCAAGUGGUGUGCAUAGUCAUAUCUUACAGGAAAUUCAGCCGCCUCAGCUUAGUGAACGGAAAGGGCCUCUUGAUGCUCAGAAAGAUUCACUUAGUGCAAGUGCAAGUUUUUCCGAGUUGCAAAGGAGGUGGAAAGAGGAGCUUGACGAAGAAUUAGAGAGGAAGCGAGAGAUGAAACGCAAGGCUGGUUUAGGGAUGAAUACAUCACCAUCUCCAAACAACCGGAUUAUUAGUCGACAAAGAGAGCAGCAAUGGGGUGUUUUCUCCACAAAAUGAAGUGUAUGUAUGUACCUCACUUGUAUCUAUUUUACCAUUAUAGAAAUAAGUUACUUUCCCACUGGGAGUGUUCAAUAUGAUGCACUUGGCUGUGAGGAUGUUGUCCAGUAUCUUCAUUGCCUAUAUCUGUGCAACGUCCUGCCUCCUGUAUUAUCACCGCAGCUCAGCAAGUGUCACAUAACAAGUGAUAUUGUAUAAUUUUGUUUAUUUUUUUCUAUAUUUAAGAUUAUGUACUUUAUUGCGGGAUAUGAGACAUGAACUUCUUGAGUUUUCGUGGUAAUUAUAUAUAAAUCUCAAAUUUUUAACAUA